AUGGCUAAGGCCAGCCAGCCAGCCAGCCAAACACCCAAGCCAGACCCCGUCCACCGCGUCCGCGUCCGCGUCUCUCUCUCGCUCCCUCUCUUGUUACCUGCCUGUUUGUCUGCCUCUCUCUUCCUUCACCCCCGCUUACCCUCUUCCUCAUCCUCCACCUCCCACACAACCCUCCCCCCUUUGCCCCCCUUUCACCUGCUCAAUUGCCUCCCAUUGAACGCUCAAUUACCUGCAUACCCAAAAGCAACGCUACACCGCUCCACCCUGCGGACCCGCCAUUACUCCAGCACUCGUCGCAGCUUGCUUGUUAGCGCGUACAAGCGAAUUGCUCCGCUGCCUCACCUGGCCGCACGGGAUUAG